CUCCUCUCUCUCUCUCUCUCUCCCAAAUUCUUUCUGCUUCGUGUUGAUCAAAGAACAACCAUCUGAAAUUCUCCCUAAUCAUACACAUUCCUUAACAAUGAUAUGCGCCCGUCAAUGGCAACCAGCCAGAAUUCAACAUACAGGUUUUGAUCGGUGAUUGAAAGAAAGGAAGAAACGAGGAAAGACACACAUAUAUAACUAAGAAAAUGGGGUUGCUGGACGAGAACACCGCCGCAUUGCAACAAAUAGUCGAUUCUCGAUGCACCACUGUAUUGACAAUGAAUGUCAAGACCAUAGCCGUCUAUGUUUUGGGCUUUUUCUUCACCGUCUUCUUGUGCAAUGGCGUCUACACCCUCUUCAGGCCCUUGUCCCAACCGAGAAUAUUGUCAGAAUUCAUCGUAGGGUUAUUUCUAACCCACGUGCCAUUUAUACGUAAAGAAAUCAACAGCGAGGAACUAAACAAAACACUGAAUUAUCUAGCUGACUUUGGUAUGGUGUGCCAUAUGUUUGUGUUAGGCUUGGAAAUAGAUCAUUGCAUAUUCUUUCAACCACCAACUGGGGAGACUAAAGUGGCCUGCACUGGCAUGAUCUCCACAUUCAUCUUAUCUUUUGCAGUAACUUCAUUUCUGCAGGUUCCUGAUGUUCAAAAUACCGAAUUCAACCUCUCCCUCUCUGUCAUUCUCUCUGGCACUGCCUCUCCCCUCUUAACCAGGCUAAUCACUGAUCUCAAGAUUGGCAAAUCAGACAUAGGGAGGUUUGUGGUUUCAACUGGAGUACAAUCUGAUAUGAUUUCCACUCUCCUCCUUGCAAUAGGAUUCCUUAUUUUUGAUCCCAUGAAACAUUUUGAACUCCGCAAAUCACAAGUCAUAAUUGCUAUGCUUUCAACCUUGGCCGUUGAAAUGCUUAUGGCCGCCAAAUUAACACCUCUGCUUAUGAACUGGGUUAAUAAUGAAAACCCAGAAGGGAAACCGAUGAAAGGCUCUCACCUAAUCCUUUCGGUCGCAUUUGUUGUCUUUGUAUGCGGUUGCUCACCCACAAUAGCCGGGUUCAACUCAAUGCUAAGUGCAUUCUUGGCUGGCCUUUUUAUGCCCAGAGAAGGAAGGAUAUCAAAGAUGAUGAUUGCUAAAAUUAACUACUUCUUAACCACCAUCUUCUACCCACUUCUUUUCUUUUGGGUGGGGGCCGAAGUUCAUUUAACCGGAUUUGAAGGUAACCAUUUCCGCCCAUGGACAAGGUUAUGUUUCCUUUUGUUGAUCGCAACGGUUGGGAAGGUUGUUGGAACCAUGGUCACUGGGGUGAUGUUAGGUUUUCAUUGGCUAGAAUCAGGCUCCAUUGGGCUACUCCUCAAUAUUAAGGGUCAUCUUCAAGUGUACUUGGCUAUCAUUGCUGCGAAAAAUAAAAUCGUGUCCACUUCAUCUAGCAUGGCAAUGUUAGUUGGGAUCUUCUUGACCAUCAUCUUUGAACCACUGGUUGUGGCACAAAUUAUUGAACGUGCAAGGAAACGUUCCCCAACCCAAAGAAUGGCACUUCAAUGGUUGGACCCCACAAAUGAGCUCCGCAUUCUUCUAUGCCUUCAGGGGCCUCAAAAUGUCACGUCUGCCAUCAACUUCAUGGAGAUUUCUCGAGGCACGCCUGACCCUGGGAUCAUGGUAUAUGUUACCGACAUGAUCGAAUUAACCGACAGAAUAGCAAGCACGGUGGCCCACGGUGAAGGAAUGGAUGCUGUGACUGUGACUGACCAGGGAGUGAUGGACAUGAGGGAGCAAAUUACCAAGGAGAUCCAAACUUAUCUAGAUGAAGAUGGUGAAGGUAUCAACCUUAGACGAACGCUUGCCCUUGCAACAAUUAAUAACCUGCAUCAGGAUAUCAGCAUUUUAGCAGAGGACUUGCUCGUUUCCCUCCUCGUAGUCCCAUUCCACAAGCAUCAGCAGGCAGAUGGGAAACUAAAUAUCGGUCAUUCCGGCUUUCGGCAUGUGAAUCGUAAGGUUCUUCGUCAUGCCCCAUGCUCUGUAGGGAUACUAGUGGAUCGGGGACUUGGGUCGAUAAACAGAAUAUCAAGAUCCGGAGUCUCCCUCUAUGCAGCAGUUAUUUUCAUAGGGGGCAAAGAUGACCGUGAAGCACUAGCAUAUGCAGGUCGUGUGGCGCUACAUCAUGGAGUGAAACUCACAGUCACAAGGUUCCUAUUGGAUGCUAAUUCAGACAAUAAUGGCUCAUCAAGGCCUGGAAGACCCAGGGCGAACACUUCUGAGCAAGAAGAAGAGAUGAAGCUUGAUGACGAGUGUUUUGCUGAAUUCUAUGACAAGCAUGUGGCCAGAGGGCGGGUGGCUUACAUGGAGAAGUAUCUUGUGAACUCGGGGCAAACCUUUUCUGCCUUAAGGUCAAUGGAAGGGCAGUACGGUCUCUUCAUAGUGGGUCGAGGAGGAGGAAGGGUGAAUUCGGUUUUGACUGCCGGGAUGAAUGACUGGGAGGAGUGUCCAGAGCUAGGCCCCAUCGGCGACAUCCUUUCAGCUUCUGACUUCUCAACCACUGCGUCUAUAUUGAUCAUCCAACAGCAUAGUCUAAAAGGCGAACUAGCUGGCCUAGAUGAUGAAUUUUCGAUCAUGUAGAUGUCACCCCUAGCAACAUGUGAUUCCAACUGUAUGUAGACAGGCACCUAGUGAUACAUUUGAAGAAAAGAAGAACUAGGAUGAUACUCUGAAGAGAAUGUACAUGGAACCUAGCUAGUAGAAAGCAAAUGAGAAGACGGAUGCAUGGAUUGUGU